UCCUCGAAAGCCCCUCGCUCGCACCGUCGCACGCCGCACCCCUCCUUCCCUCCUCGAUCUCUGUCCCUCAGCCGCCACAGCACGAAGCCACCUCUCCCUUGUGUGUGCGUGCUCAUCGCCACCUUUCCUCCCCGCUCCCCAUCAUUGCCCGACGCCUGCACCGGCUACCAUUUGAUCCAUGGCCGAUGGGAGAGUACAAGGCAGGGAAGGAUGACGCCAUCGACCCGUCGCUUAGAUUGAUGGCACAUGGGUUGGGUCUGGGCAGAAGGCCGGCGCCUGCGGGGGGAAAGCAGCAGGAGUUUGUGCAGCGGCAAAUGAUGCCAUGGUCGGCCGUGGAGGGAGGCUCGCCGGCCGGAGCAGCUGGAACAAGGAGGCAGGGUCGGCCAUGGAGGGAGGCCCACUGGCCAGAGCAGCAUGAGCAACUGCAGACGCUGGUCAGCCCGAUGCACCGCCUCAGCCCCGCCUCCUCUGCUGCGGCCCCCACGGUCGAGAGGGGCAGCUGCGCUGUAGCUGGCGACGAGUUCAGCGGCCGCCGCCUCCUCUCCUAUUCGAAUCCAGUGCCUAUGGGUUCUCCUCGGUUGGAUUGUUCAUCCUUCUUCGCCGGUGGUGUGCUUGUCUGUUGCAAUAACUUUCAUGCGCUGGAUGAACACUGCCGGUUGAGGUUUGUUUCUUCCCGUUGUCUCCUGCGUCCACUGUUGCAUCGUUCUGCCAUUGCGAUUGAGGUUAGUUUGCAUUCCAUUUGCUUGCAUGCAACGUCUUCGAUGAAAUGUGUGUGUGAUGAUGUUUCUUUUUUUUUCAUCUCGUUUUCCCUGCUGGUCCGCCUUGGUGUAGUCCUCUGUCUAGCCUACUUUCUUGGUCUGGUUCUGCUUUCUAGCUCUGGUAAUUAGCUGUUGUUUUUCUUGUCUGUUAGAAUGUGCCUGCUGUUUUUAUGCCCGUGUGUGCACCGUUAUGCAUGUAGUCUGACAGGUCUAUCAGUUUCAACGAUCUGCUAGGUUGCUGCAUCUGCAACUCUGUGCUGCUAUUCAAGGUUUGCUUGAUUCUUUAUUCCCUGCAUGCUUGUUCUUUCUCGCUACGCACAUGCUUCUCUUUCUCUAAGUACUGUAAUUUUGUUGUGCUGUCUCUAGCUACAUGCAUUUACCUUUCUUCAUCAGUCUAAUUGUCUAUUGAUGGGCCAUUCAUGUUAUGGUUAUGUGAACUUUAAGAUGUAAUAAUAUAUGGUGUUUAAAUUUUUAUUGUUUGUUUGCGCCUAUGAUUUUGCGUUACAGAGUCGUUCGAUGUCCAAGUUUCUAUAUUUUUUUACAAUGUUGCAGUCCAUUAGUUGCUUCAAUCCUGGUACACACUGGAUUGAAAAUAGGUCGUCCGUUUUUAUUGACUUUUUUUUGUACAUUGUGAAGUCAUGGCCCCGAUUUAUAUUCAUGUGUAGUUUGCUGUAUAGUUCAUGUAUGUUCUGUAAAGAGCAUGCAUAGCUAAUGGUUUAAUUCAUUUGUUCCUUCUUCAGAUGUUUCAUAUCGGUGCAUAUUUUAACUUGAUCCAUACCAUGCCAGUGAUUUUCUAAUAUUUGCCCAUAUCUUUUGGGCACAUAAUUAUGCUUCAGGAAGAUGUUAAAUAAGCUGGUUAGCUCUGGGGCAAAAGGGGUUAGCUCUGGGGCAAAAGGUCAGCAAAUCUGCUUGGCUGUUCCUCCCAAGGUGAUGAGAGAUUUCUUGUUGCAGAGUACAUGCCUAGAAAGACAUAUCUUCCACUGUAUGUUAACUGCUUGUGAGCAGGCCAGUACUUUACAAAUUUUACUACAGCAGCAAGGACGCUAUGCUUUGAAUAGUUGAGCCGCCCUCUGUUUUUCAUCCAUGGGCAGAGUAGAUGGAGGUGCAGUGGCUUAGGAUGUCAAGAUUCUACAACUUGAAAAACACAUCUAGGAUAUUCAAGUUGUGUGUGGCGCCACGGAGAAAGCUUGCUACUCCAGUCAACCAGUUACACGAGAAUCAUGAAUUGAUUUGUCAUUUCAUGUUUGCACUUCUAUUACAGUAGAACAACAUGUCAUAAACAUGGUGUUGGGCAUUGUUUGUCCAGUUCCCUUCAAAACAGAAGAGAUAGUAGAGAGUGGAUCCAUGACCGAGAAGACAACAACGCAAUGUUUGUUCAGCUCCUUUAAAGAAUGAAGGAAUUACAAUGCAUCUGACCUAUAAAGGGGCUAUGAAGGACAAACUGCUAUGGAUCCAGAGGAGUGGGAGGGGAGAGUUUACCAACAAGGCAUCAAGGACAAGGCGUGACGUAGAUUCCUAAGUCCCAGUUAACAUAGCAAAAUUGUAUAGAGAGAAUGCCCACAUUUUGCUAUUACAUAGUUUGAGGCUAUGUUUCUUUCAGUUUUCAUUAUUAAAAGGAUCCUUAUCAUUGCCAAACUAUCAAGCAUUUAUUUUCAAACAA